AUGGGGACAACUUUCCUGCUUUGUGUGGCUGUCACCCUAUUCAUAGUGGUCAGCGGAUCAUGCCCAGUGGGGCGGGAGUUCAUUACUGCCUUUAUGCCUAACUAUUUGCUGAGCUACCAUAAUGAUCAGAGACUUCAACUGGCCAUUACCACACAGGAUUAUCCAGCUAUUGUUAAAAUUCAGGUCAAUGCAAUCGGCUUCUCCACCUCAGUGACAAUAGAGAAACAGAACACCAAAUGGAUCGGCAUACCUGGUACCGCUGAAAUUGGGGGUCCAGGAGCUUCCACCAAAACAGUGCAGGUCACCUCCAACUCUGACAUCUCGGUGGUGGCCUUCAACUACAAGUUCUCGACUGGAGACAGCAGUGUGGUCUUCCCAACUGACCAGCUGGGUACUGACUAUGUGGUCUUCACCCCCGAUGAGGGUCCAAGCAACAUUCACAAGCUUAUGUCUAUUGUCAACGGCAAAGAGCCCAACAAGAUCACAAUCAUCCCUGUCUCCAACAUGAAUCUCAGUGGCGUGGAUUCCUGGAAGCAAAGAAGGGCAAUGAUUGUUACCAUGGAACCAUACCAGGUCAACCUCUACCAAAGCUACACCACUUUCACUGGGACCAGGGUAAAAGCCAAGCACCCUGUGGCAGUCCUGGGAGGACACGAGUGCGUCGCAGAUGGAGGCCGCUGCAAUCACGUCUACGAACAACUGCUACCAGUACAGAGCCUCUCCACCAAUUACCUGGUUCCUUCCAUGCACAUGACCCAUUCAACAGACUUUGUCAACAUUGUGGCCUCAGAGGACAACACUCUAGUGAAGAUCUUUGAGGGAAAGGUAUCCACUGCUAAACAGCUGAAUGAGGGGCAGGCGUAUGUGGUUUCUGUCCAACCCAAAUAUCCACUGAUCAUCAAAAGUGAUAAGAAGGUCAUGGUGAUGUACUUCAGCAACAACAAGCCUUACGAUCCGUUCCUCACCAACAUCCUCCCAACGUCUGAUCUGGCCAACGAGUGGUCGGUGGACACGCAGAGCAAAUUCGAGAGCACGUUGGUCAUUGUCUCCGAGGGGGAAGGGAUCAACACCGUUAAAGUCUGCACUACACCACCCACUACACCACCAGACCCCUGUGAGAACGUCAAAUGCAGAGAAAAGGAAGAAUGUACAAAGGGGGUAUGUGUCCACAUCUCCAAAGCAACCUGCAGGGCUGUGGGCGACCCCCACUACCUCACCUUUGAUGGGGAGCGAUUUGACUUCCAGGGCACCUGCUCUUAUGUCAUGGCCACGGUUGUUAAAUCUGAACCUGGCCUCAUCCCGUUCACUGUCCUGACCAAGAACAACCACAGAGGGAACAACAGGGUGUCUUUCGUAAGGAAAGUCUCAGUCACGGUCUAUGGGCUGACUGUUGUGAUCAGCACGCAUAAAGGGAAGGUUGAGGGGAACCUAACGGUGGUGUAUAGUGGCAGCUAUGCUGUUCUGAAGACAAACUUUGGCCUGAAGGUUAUGUACGACUGGAACAUGAAGUUCUACGUCACUGUCCCCAGCAGCUACUUCCGCACCCUGGGUGGGCUCUGUGGGAACUACAACGGGGAUCGCAAUGACGAGUUCACUAACCCCAAAGGUAACAAGGAACCCACAGUGGUGAAGUUUGCCCAGAGCUGGAGAACUGAAGACGGCGACUUGUUCUGUCAUGAUGACUGCCAAGGGGAAUGUCCUAGCUGCACUCCGGCUCUCCAACAGAAAUACAAGGAAGAGAAGUUAUGUGGUCUCUUGGCCAAAAAAGAUGGCCCAUUCGCCAGCUGCCACAAGGUCCUGGACCCAGGCAUGUUCAUGGACAACUGUGUCUAUGACAUCUGCAUCAAUAAAGGCAUCUAUCAGUUCCUCUGUGAGAACAUGAAAAGCUACAAUGAUGCCUGCUUGGCCGAGGGGGUCAAAAUUAGCCCUGAGUGGAGGACAAUCACUGGAUGCUCACUGGAAUGUCCGUCAAACAGCUACUACGAGGCAUGUGGCACAGCUUGCCCUGCCUCUUGUUCAGAUCUAGAUGCCGAAGCAAAGUGCAAGGAACCCUGUGUGGAGACCUGUCAAUGCAACAAGGGCUUUGUCCUCAGUGGAGACAAAUGCGUCUCCAAGGAGAGCUGUGGCUGCUCUUAUGAAGGACGAUACUACCCGUCUGGAAUGAAGUUCUGGGAAGAUGACAAAUGCACAAAGCAGUGUGAAUGCAAUCCAGGAACAGCCAAGGUUGAAUGCAAAGCAACAGCAUGCAAGAAGUCAGAGAUGUGUGGCCAGCAGAGUGGUAAGAGAGAUUGCUACCCAACAUCUUAUGCCACUUGCCAAGGUUCAGGCGACCCCCACUACCGCACGUUUGAUGGCAAGAGGUUCGACUUCCAGGGAACGUGUACUUACGUUCUCUCCAAAUUGGUCAGCAAAGAUGACAAGUCUCUGGCGCCUUUUGAGGUGCUUGUAAAGAAUCAGAAUAGGGGGAGGAACACGGCAGUGUCUUACACAAAGACAGUCACCGUCAUUGUCUUCAAAAACAUCAUCACCAUGAGUAGGGACAACCCUGGCAAAGUAUUGGUCAACAACCAGUAUGUGAACUUGCCAUUUGAUGUAGAAGAUGGCCAACUGUCCAUCUUCCGCAGUGGGUAUUUCGGGGUGGUGAAGACCAAAUUUGGCCUGACACUGAAGUUCAACUGGAACAGCCACGUCUCCCUAACCCUCCCCAGCUCCUACUCAGACCUCAUCGGAGGGCUCUGCGGAAACUGGAACGGCCAACGGAACGACGACCUCCUCAAACCAGACAAGAGCCCUGCCAACUCCUCAACAGUAUUUGGGGACAGCUGGAAAGUGGGGAACGACCCUGGCUGCUCCAGCGACUGCAACGGCAAGAAGUGCCCCACCUGUGACCACAGCCUGAUGCUUGAUUACCAAACAGGGAAGUACUGCGGCAGGAUCACAGACAAAAACGGUCCGUUCAAGCACUGCCACGCCAAGGUGGACCCCACAGAGUACUAUGAGGACUGUGUGUUUGAUAUGUGUCUGUACCGUGGCCAUGCCUCUGCCCUCUGUAACGCCCUCAGCACCUACACCACUGCCUGCCAGGAUGCCCCUGCCAAGGUGGAACAGUGGAGGUCGGACAGCUUCUGUCCAUCUUCCUGCAAGGCCAAGAGCCACUAUGAGGUGUGUGCCUCAGGCUGCCCCCAGACCUGCAGCAGCCUCAAUGAGCCUGAGAGCUGUGAGAACUCCCUGUGCACCGAGGGCUGUGUCUGUGACGACGGCUUCAUACUGAGCGACAGUGAGUGUGUGCCACUGGCUGAAUGUGGCUGCGUUCACCAAGGCCAAUACUACCAGAUGGGCCAGGUGUUCUUCCCCAACGGCCAGUGCAAAGAGCGCUGUGUGUGUAAAAAGGAUGGACACAUGGAGUGUAAUGUGAAGUUUGCCUGCGGUCCCAAUGAGAAGUGCCAGGUCCAAGACGGGGUGCAGGCUUGUAUACCCAUGAGCACGGGCACCUGCCAUGUGAGCGGGGCCAGGAGAUUCCACUCGUUCGAUGGCAACUGCUUCAGCCUACACGGGGACUGUGUGUACAAAAUGUCGGAGGUUGUGGAGAAAGACGGAUCGAUGGCUCCAUUUGUUGUGUCAGUGCAGCAGUUGACCAAGAUGGAUGAUGCAAUGGUCACCAGGAGGGUUGAAAUACAGGCCUACAAAUACAAGAUAUCUAUGUCUCCCAGAGUUAUAUGGGAAAUAACGGUGGAUGACGUUGCAACAAAUCUCCCACUGUCACUCGGAGAUGGAAAGGUCAGGGCCUACCAGAACGGCAUUAACAUCAUCGUGGUAACAGACUUUGGCUUGAUGGUGACCUACGACACCGUUGCGGGCGCCAUCAUACAGCUUCCAUCCACUUACAAAGGUGUUACCGGUGGUCUCUGUGGCAACUAUAAUGACAAGAAGGAGGAUGACUUCCUGCUGCCCAGUGGGCUGCAGGAGUCGUCUGUGGAGAAGUUUGCAGCGGGGUGGUUAGUGGUUCAGGAAGGGGUCAAAUGUCAGACAGGAUGUGACGGUGGCUUGAAGUGUCCUCCCACCAGUGGACCCCCCGGUCCAUUUGCCCAAUGCCAUGCUGUUGUGCCACCACAAGAGCACUUUGAGGAGUGCAUGAAGGAGGGAGAGGGUGGAGAUGCCCUGUGCCGCCACUUACAGACCUAUGUGACUUUCUGUCAGGCAUCCGGUGGCCUUGUCAGCAGCUGGAGAUCUGACCAGUUUUGUCCUCUGACGUGUCCAGCUAACAGUCACUAUGAGUUGUGUGCCGACACCUGUUCUUCCACCUGUGACUCUCUCAGUGAGUCUCCCAAAUGCCCACUAUGCCAGGAGGGCUGCCAGUGUGACGACGGCUUUGUGUUUGAUGGUGGCAAGUGUGUCCAACUGGAGAACUGUGGCUGUGUGGUUGAUGGACACUAUUACAAGUCUGGCCAGUCUGUGAUGCUUGGCAACUGUUCUGAGACCUGCAGCUGUGCAGCAGGAGUGUUCACCUGCAAGAACUCACAGUGCAAAGAGGGUCAGAAAUGUGGGUUGAAGAAUGGAGUCAUGGACUGUUACAGCACAGACCCCUGUGAGGACACUGAGUGCCGUGAGAAGGAAAACUGUGUGGUGAAGAACAAUAAGGCGGUAUGUGUGGCCCAGUCCAAGGCCACCUGCAGGGCUGUGGGCGACCCCCACUACCUCACCUUUGAUGGGGAGCGAUUUGACUUCCAGGGCACCUGCUCUUAUGUCAUGGCCACGGUUGUUAAAUCUGAACCUGGCCUCAUCCCGUUCACUGUCCUGACCAAGAACAACCACAGAGGGAACAACAGGGUGUCUUUCGUAAGGAAAGUCUCAGUCACGGUCUAUGGGCUGACUGUUGUGAUCAGCACGCAUAAAGGGAAGGUUGAGGUGAAUGGUGAGAAUGUCUACCUGCCUGUGACCCUAGCCAGGGGGAACCUAACGGUGGUGUAUAGUGGCAGCUAUGCUGUUCUGAAGACAAACUUUGGCCUGAAGGUUAUGUACGACUGGAACAUGAAGUUCUACGUCACUGUCCCCAGCAGCUACUUCCGCACCCUGGGUGGGCUCUGUGGGAACUACAACGGGGAUCGCAAUGACGAGUUCACUAACCCCAAAGGUAACAAGGAACCCACAGUGGUGAAGUUUGCCCAGAGCUGGAGAACUGAAGACGGCGACUUGUUCUGUCAUGAUGACUGCCAAGGGGAAUGUCCUAGCUGCACUCCGGCUCUCCAACAGAAAUACAAGGAAGAGAAGUUAUGUGGUCUCUUGGCCAAAAAAGAUGGCCCAUUCGCCAGCUGCCACAAGGUCCUGGACCCAGGCAUGUUCAUGGACAACUGUGUCUAUGACAUCUGCAUCAAUAAAGGCAUCUAUCAGUUCCUCUGUGAGAACAUGAAAAGCUACAAUGAUGCCUGCUUGGCCGAGGGGGUCAAAAUUAGCCCUGAGUGGAGGACAAUCACUGGAUGCUCACUGGAAUGUCCGUCAAACAGCUACUACGAGGCAUGUGGCACAGCUUGCCCUGCCUCUUGUUCAGAUCUAGAUGCCGAAGCAAAGUGCAAGGAACCCUGUGUGGAGACCUGUCAAUGCAACAAGGGCUUUGUCCUCAGUGGAGACAAAUGCGUCUCCAAGGAGAGCUGUGGCUGCUCUUAUGAAGGACGAUACUACCCGUCUGGAAUGAAGUUCUGGGAAGAUGACAAAUGCACAAAGCAGUGUGAAUGCAAUCCAGGAACAGCCAAGGUUGAAUGCAAAGCAACAGCAUGCAAGAAGUCAGAGAUGUGUGGCCAGCAGAGUGGUAAGAGAGAUUGCUACCCAACAUCUUAUGCCACUUGCCAAGGUUCAGGCGACCCCCACUACCGCACGUUUGAUGGCAAGAGGUUCGACUUCCAGGGAACGUGUACUUACGUUCUCUCCAAAUUGGUCAGCAAAGAUGACAAGUCUCUGGCGCCUUUUGAGGUGCUUGUAAAGAAUCAGAAUAGGGGGAGGAACACGGCAGUGUCUUACACAAAGACAGUCACCGUCAUUGUCUUCAAAAACAUCAUCACCAUGAGUAGGGACAACCCUGGCAAAGUAUUGGUCAACAACCAGUAUGUGAACUUGCCAUUUGAUGUAGAAGAUGGCCAACUGUCCAUCUUCCGCAGUGGGUAUUUCGGGGUGGUGAAGACCAAAUUUGGCCUGACACUGAAGUUCAACUGGAACAGCCACGUCUCCCUAACCCUCCCCAGCUCCUACUCAGACCUCAUCGGAGGGCUCUGCGGAAACUGGAACGGCCAACGGAACGACGACCUCCUCAAACCAGACAAGAGCCCUGCCAACUCCUCAACAGUAUUUGGGGACAGCUGGAAAGUGGGGAACGACCCUGGCUGCUCCAGCGACUGCAACGGCAAGAAGUGCCCCACCUGUGACCACAGCCUGAUGCUUGAUUACCAAACAGGGAAGUACUGCGGCAGGAUCACAGACAAAAACGGUCCGUUCAAGCACUGCCACGCCAAGGUGGACCCCACAGAGUACUAUGAGGACUGUGUGUUUGAUAUGUGUCUGUACCGUGGCCAUGCCUCUGCCCUCUGUAACGCCCUCAGCACCUACACCACUGCCUGCCAGGAUGCCCCUGCCAAGGUGGAACAGUGGAGGUCGGACAGCUUCUGUCCAUCUUCCUGCAAGGCCAAGAGCCACUAUGAGGUGUGUGCCUCAGGCUGCCCCCAGACCUGCAGCAGCCUCAAUGAGCCUGAGAGCUGUGAGAACUCCCUGUGCACCGAGGGCUGUGUCUGUGACGACGGCUUCAUACUGAGCGACAGUGAGUGUGUGCCACUGGCUGAAUGUGGCUGCGUUCACCAAGGCCAAUACUACCAGAUGGGCCAGGUGUUCUUCCCCAACGGCCAGUGCAAAGAGCGCUGUGUGUGUAAAAAGGAUGGACACAUGGAGUGUAAUGUGAAGUUUGCCUGCGGUCCCAAUGAGAAGUGCCAGGUCCAAGACGGGGUGCAGGCUUGUAUACCCAUGAGCACGGGCACCUGCCAUGUGAGCGGGGCCAGGAGAUUCCACUCGUUCGAUGGCAACUGCUUCAGCCUACACGGGGACUGUGUGUACAAAAUGUCGGAGGUUGUGGAGAAAGACGGAUCGAUGGCUCCAUUUGUUGUGUCAGUGCAGCAGUUGACCAAGAUGGAUGAUGCAAUGGUCACCAGGAGGGUUGAAAUACAGGCCUACAAAUACAAGAUAUCUAUGUCUCCCAGAGUUAUAUGGGAAAUAACGGUGGAUGACGUUGCAACAAAUCUCCCACUGUCACUCGGAGAUGGAAAGGUCAGGGCCUACCAGAACGGCAUUAACAUCAUCGUGGUAACAGACUUUGGCUUGAUGGUGACCUACGACACCGUUGCGGGCGCCAUCAUACAGCUUCCAUCCACUUACAAAGGUGUUACCGGUGGUCUCUGUGGCAACUAUAAUGACAAGAAGGAGGAUGACUUCCUGCUGCCCAGUGGGCUGCAGGAGUCGUCUGUGGAGAAGUUUGCAGCGGGGUGGUUAGUGGUUCAGGAAGGGGUCAAAUGUCAGACAGGAUGUGACGGUGGCUUGAAGUGUCCUCCCACCAGUGGACCCCCGCCGGCUUGUAGCAUCAUAAAGUCAACCAAGGGUCCAUUUGCCCAAUGCCAUGCUGUUGUGCCACCACAAGAGCACUUUGAGGAGUGCAUGAAGGAGGGAGAGGGUGGAGAUGCCCUGUGCCGCCACUUACAGACCUAUGUGACUUUCUGUCAGGCAUCCGGUGGCCUUGUCAGCAGCUGGAGAUCUGACCAGUUUUGUCCUCUGACGUGUCCAGCUAACAGUCACUAUGAGUUGUGUGCCGACACCUGUUCUUCCACCUGUGACUCUCUCAGUGAGUCUCCCAAAUGCCCACUAUGCCAGGAGGGCUGCCAGUGUGACGACGGCUUUGUGUUUGAUGGUGGCAAGUGUGUCCAACUGGAGAACUGUGGCUGUGUGGUUGAUGGACACUAUUACAAGUCUGGCCAGUCUGUGAUGCUUGGCAACUGUUCUGAGACCUGCAGCUGUGCAGCAGGAGUGUUCACCUGCAAGAACUCACAGUGCAAAGAGGGUCAGAAAUGUGGGUUGAAGAAUGGAGUCAUGGACUGUUACAGCACAGACCCCUGUGAGGACACUGAGUGCCGUGAGAAGGAAAACUGUGUGGUGAAGAACAAUAAGGCGGUAUGUGUGGCCCAGUCCAAGGCCACCUGCAGGGCUGUGGGCGACCCCCACUACCUCACCUUUGAUGGGGAGCGAUUUGACUUCCAGGGCACCUGCUCUUAUGUCAUGGCCACGGUUGUUAAAUCUGAACCUGGCCUCAUCCCGUUCACUGUCCUGACCAAGAACAACCACAGAGGGAACAACAGGGUGUCUUUCGUAAGGAAAGUCUCAGUCACGGUCUAUGGGCUGACUGUUGUGAUCAGCACGCAUAAAGGGAAGGUUGAGGUGAAUGGUGAGAAUGUCUACCUGCCUGUGACCCUAGAGGGGAACCUAACGGUGGUGUAUAGUGGCAGCUAUGCUGUUCUGAAGACAAACUUUGGCCUGAAGGUUAUGUACGACUGGAACAUGAAGUUCUACGUCACUGUCCCCAGCAGCUACUUCCGCACCCUGGGUGGGCUCUGUGGGAACUACAACGGGGAUCGCAAUGACGAGUUCACUAACCCCAAAGGUAACAAGGAACCCACAGUGGUGAAGUUUGCCCAGAGCUGGAGAACUGAAGACGGCGACUUGUUCUGUCAUGAUGACUGCCAAGGGGAAUGUCCUAGCUGCACUCCGGCUCUCCAACAGAAAUACAAGGAAGAGAAGUUAUGUGGUCUCUUGGCCAAAAAAGAUGGCCCAUUCGCCAGCUGCCACAAGGUCCUGGACCCAGGCAUGUUCAUGGACAACUGUGUCUAUGACAUCUGCAUCAAUAAAGGCAUCUAUCAGUUCCUCUGUGAGAACAUGAAAAGCUACAAUGAUGCCUGCUUGGCCGAGGGGGUCAAAAUUAGCCCUGAGUGGAGGACAAUCACUGGAUGCUCACUGGAAUGUCCGUCAAACAGCUACUACGAGGCAUGUGGCACAGCUUGCCCUGCCUCUUGUUCAGAUCUAGAUGCCGAAGCAAAGUGCAAGGAACCCUGUGUGGAGACCUGUCAAUGCAACAAGGGCUUUGUCCUCAGUGGAGACAAAUGCGUCUCCAAGGAGAGCUGUGGCUGCUCUUAUGAAGGACGAUACUACCCGUCUGGAAUGAAGUUCUGGGAAGAUGACAAAUGCACAAAGCAGUGUGAAUGCAAUCCAGGAACAGCCAAGGUUGAAUGCAAAGCAACAGCAUGCAAGAAGUCAGAGAUGUGUGGCCAGCAGAGUGGUAAGAGAGAUUGCUACCCAACAUCUUAUGCCACUUGCCAAGGUUCAGGCGACCCCCACUACCGCACGUUUGAUGGCAAGAGGUUCGACUUCCAGGGAACGUGUACUUACGUUCUCUCCAAAUUGGUCAGCAAAGAUGACAAGUCUCUGGCGCCUUUUGAGGUGCUUGUAAAGAAUCAGAAUAGGGGGAGGAACACGGCAGUGUCUUACACAAAGACAGUCACCGUCAUUGUCUUCAAAAACAUCAUCACCAUGAGUAGGGACAACCCUGGCAAAGUAUUGGUCAACAACCAGUAUGUGAACUUGCCAUUUGAUGUAGAAGAUGGCCAACUGUCCAUCUUCCGCAGUGGGUAUUUCGGGGUGGUGAAGACCAAAUUUGGCCUGACACUGAAGUUCAACUGGAACAGCCACGUCUCCCUAACCCUCCCCAGCUCCUACUCAGACCUCAUCGGAGGGCUCUGCGGAAACUGGAACGGCCAACGGAACGACGACCUCCUCAAACCAGACAAGAGCCCUGCCAACUCCUCAACAGUAUUUGGGGACAGCUGGAAAGUGGGGAACGACCCUGGCUGCUCCAGCGACUGCAACGGCAAGAAGUGCCCCACCUGUGACCACAGCCUGAUGCUUGAUUACCAAACAGGGAAGUACUGCGGCAGGAUCACAGACAAAAACGGUCCGUUCAAGCACUGCCACGCCAAGGUGGACCCCACAGAGUACUAUGAGGACUGUGUGUUUGAUAUGUGUCUGUACCGUGGCCAUGCCUCUGCCCUCUGUAACGCCCUCAGCACCUACACCACUGCCUGCCAGGAUGCCCCUGCCAAGGUGGAACAGUGGAGGUCGGACAGCUUCUGUCCAUCUUCCUGCAAGGCCAAGAGCCACUAUGAGGUGUGUGCCUCAGGCUGCCCCCAGACCUGCAGCAGCCUCAAUGAGCCUGAGAGCUGUGAGAACUCCCUGUGCACCGAGGGCUGUGUCUGUGACGACGGCUUCAUACUGAGCGACAGUGAGUGUGUGCCACUGGCUGAAUGUGGCUGCGUUCACCAAGGCCAAUACUACCAGAUGGGCCAGGUGUUCUUCCCCAACGGCCAGUGCAAAGAGCGCUGUGUGUGUAAAAAGGAUGGACACAUGGAGUGUAAUGUGAAGUUUGCCUGCGGUCCCAAUGAGAAGUGCCAGGUCCAAGACGGGGUGCAGGCUUGUAUACCCAUGAGCACGGGCACCUGCCAUGUGAGCGGGGCCAGGAGAUUCCACUCGUUCGAUGGCAACUGCUUCAGCCUACACGGGGACUGUGUGUACAAAAUGUCGGAGGUUGUGGAGAAAGACGGAUCGAUGGCUCCAUUUGUUGUGUCAGUGCAGCAGUUGACCAAGAUGGAUGAUGCAAUGGUCACCAGGAGGGUUGAAAUACAGGCCUACAAAUACAAGAUAUCUAUGUCUCCCAGAGUUAUAUGGGAAAUAACGGUGGAUGACGUUGCAACAAAUCUCCCACUGUCACUCGGAGAUGGAAAGGUCAGGGCCUACCAGAACGGCAUUAACAUCAUCGUGGUAACAGACUUUGGCUUGAUGGUGACCUACGACACCGUUGCGGGCGCCAUCAUACAGCUUCCAUCCACUUACAAAGGUGUUACCGGUGGUCUCUGUGGCAACUAUAAUGACAAGAAGGAGGAUGACUUCCUGCUGCCCAGUGGGCUGCAGGAGUCGUCUGUGGAGAAGUUUGCAGCGGGGUGGUUAGUGGUUCAGGAAGGGGUCAAAUGUCAGACAGGAUGUGACGGUGGCUUGAAGUGUCCUCCCACCAGUGGACCCCCGCCGGCUUGUAGCAUCAUAAAGUCAACCAAGGGUCCAUUUGCCCAAUGCCAUGCUGUUGUGCCACCACAAGAGCACUUUGAGGAGUGCAUGAAGGAGGGAGAGGGUGGAGAUGCCCUGUGCCGCCACUUACAGACCUAUGUGACUUUCUGUCAGGCAUCCGGUGGCCUUGUCAGCAGCUGGAGAUCUGACCAGUUUUGUCCUCUGACGUGUCCAGCUAACAGUCACUAUGAGUUGUGUGCCGACACCUGUUCUUCCACCUGUGACUCUCUCAGUGAGUCUCCCAAAUGCCCACUAUGCCAGGAGGGCUGCCAGUGUGACGACGGCUUUGUGUUUGAUGGUGGCAAGUGUGUCCAACUGGAGAACUGUGGCUGUGUGGUUGAUGGACACUAUUACAAGUCUGGCCAGUCUGUGAUGCUUGGCAACUGUUCUGAGACCUGCAGCUGUGCAGCAGGAGUGUUCACCUGCAAGAACUCACAGUGCAAAGAGGGUCAGAAAUGUGGGUUGAAGAAUGGAGUCAUGGACUGUUACAGCACAGACCCCUGUGAGGACACUGAGUGCCGUGAGAAGGAAAACUGUGUGGUGAAGAACAAUAAGGCGGUAUGUGUGGCCCAGUCCAAGGCCACCUGCAGGGCUGUGGGCGACCCCCACUACCUCACCUUUGAUGGGGAGCGAUUUGACUUCCAGGGCACCUGCUCUUAUGUCAUGGCCACGGUUGUUAAAUCUGAACCUGGCCUCAUCCCGUUCACUGUCCUGACCAAGAACAACCACAGAGGGAACAACAGGGUGUCUUUCGUAAGGAAAGUCUCAGUCACGGUCUAUGGGCUGACUGUUGUGAUCAGCACGCAUAAAGGGAAGGUUGAGGUGAAUGGUGAGAAUGUCUACCUGCCUGUGACCCUAGAGGGGAACCUAACGGUGGUGUAUAGUGGCAGCUAUGCUGUUCUGAAGACAAACUUUGGCCUGAAGGUUAUGUACGACUGGAACAUGAAGUUCUACGUCACUGUCCCCAGCAGCUACUUCCGCACCCUGGGUGGGCUCUGUGGGAACUACAACGGGGAUCGCAAUGACGAGUUCACUAACCCCAAAGGUAACAAGGAACCCACAGUGGUGAAGUUUGCCCAGAGCUGGAGAACUGAAGACGGCGACUUGUUCUGUCAUGAUGACUGCCAAGGGGAAUGUCCUAGCUGCACUCCGGCUCUCCAACAGAAAUACAAGGAAGAGAAGUUAUGUGGUCUCUUGGCCAAAAAAGAUGGCCCAUUCGCCAGCUGCCACAAGGUCCUGGACCCAGGCAUGUUCAUGGACAACUGUGUCUAUGACAUCUGCAUCAAUAAAGGCAUCUAUCAGUUCCUCUGUGAGAACAUGAAAAGCUACAAUGAUGCCUGCUUGGCCGAGGGGGUCAAAAUUAGCCCUGAGUGGAGGACAAUCACUGGAUGCUCACUGGAAUGUCCGUCAAACAGCUACUACGAGGCAUGUGGCACAGCUUGCCCUGCCUCUUGUUCAGAUCUAGAUGCCGAAGCAAAGUGCAAGGAACCCUGUGUGGAGACCUGUCAAUGCAACAAGGGCUUUGUCCUCAGUGGAGACAAAUGCGUCUCCAAGGAGAGCUGUGGCUGCUCUUAUGAAGGACGAUACUACCCGUCUGGAAUGAAGUUCUGGGAAGAUGACAAAUGCACAAAGCAGUGUGAAUGCAAUCCAGGAACAGCCAAGGUUGAAUGCAAAGCAACAGCAUGCAAGAAGUCAGAGAUGUGUGGCCAGCAGAGUGGUAAGAGAGAUUGCUACCCAACAUCUUAUGCCACUUGCCAAGGUUCAGGCGACCCCCACUACCGCACGUUUGAUGGCAAGAGGUUCGACUUCCAGGGAACGUGUACUUACGUUCUCUCCAAAUUGGUCAGCAAAGAUGACAAGUCUCUGGCGCCUUUUGAGGUGCUUGUAAAGAAUCAGAAUAGGGGGAGGAACACGGCAGUGUCUUACACAAAGACAGUCACCGUCAUUGUCUUCAAAAACAUCAUCACCAUGAGUAGGGACAACCCUGGCAAAGUAUUGGUCAACAACCAGUAUGUGAACUUGCCAUUUGAUGUAGAAGAUGGCCAACUGUCCAUCUUCCGCAGUGGGUAUUUCGGGGUGGUGAAGACCAAAUUUGGCCUGACACUGAAGUUCAACUGGAACAGCCACGUCUCCCUAACCCUCCCCAGCUCCUACUCAGACCUCAUCGGAGGGCUCUGCGGAAACUGGAACGGCCAACGGAACGACGACCUCCUCAAACCAGACAAGAGCCCUGCCAACUCCUCAACAGUAUUUGGGGACAGCUGGAAAGUGGGGAACGACCCUGGCUGCUCCAGCGACUGCAACGGCAAGAAGUGCCCCACCUGUGACCACAGCCUGAUGCUUGAUUACCAAACAGGGAAGUACUGCGGCAGGAUCACAGACAAAAACGGUCCGUUCAAGCACUGCCACGCCAAGGUGGACCCCACAGAGUACUAUGAGGACUGUGUGUUUGAUAUGUGUCUGUACCGUGGCCAUGCCUCUGCCCUCUGUAACGCCCUCAGCACCUACACCACUGCCUGCCAGGAUGCCCCUGCCAAGGUGGAACAGUGGAGGUCGGACAGCUUCUGUCCAUCUUCCUGCAAGGCCAAGAGCCACUAUGAGGUGUGUGCCUCAGGCUGCCCCCAGACCUGCAGCAGCCUCAAUGAGCCUGAGAGCUGUGAGAACUCCCUGUGCACCGAGGGCUGUGUCUGUGACGACGGCUUCAUACUGAGCGACAGUGAGUGUGUGCCACUGGCUGAAUGUGGCUGCGUUCACCAAGGCCAAUACUACCAGAUGGGCCAGGUGUUCUUCCCCAACGGCCAGUGCAAAGAGCGCUGUGUGUGUAAAAAGGAUGGACACAUGGAGUGUAAUGUGAAGUUUGCCUGCGGUCCCAAUGAGAAGUGCCAGGUCCAAGACGGGGUGCAGGCUUGUAUACCCAUGAGCACGGGCACCUGCCAUGUGAGCGGGGCCAGGAGAUUCCACUCGUUCGAUGGCAACUGCUUCAGCCUACACGGGGACUGUGUGUACAAAAUGUCGGAGGUUGUGGAGAAAGACGGAUCGAUGGCUCCAUUUGUUGUGUCAGUGCAGCAGUUGACCAAGAUGGAUGAUGCAAUGGUCACCAGGAGGGUUGAAAUACAGGCCUACAAAUACAAGAUAUCUAUGUCUCCCAGAGUUAUAUGGGAAAUAACGGUGGAUGACGUUGCAACAAAUCUCCCACUGUCACUCGGAGAUGGAAAGGUCAGGGCCUACCAGAACGGCAUUAACAUCAUCGUGGUAACAGACUUUGGCUUGAUGGUGACCUACGACACCGUUGCGGGCGCCAUCAUACAGCUUCCAUCCACUUACAAAGGUGUUACCGGUGGUCUCUGUGGCAACUAUAAUGACAAGAAGGAGGAUGACUUCCUGCUGCCCAGUGGGCUGCAGGAGUCGUCUGUGGAGCAGUUUGCAGCGGGGUGGUUAGUGGUUCAGGAAGGGGUCAAAUGUCAGACAGGAUGUGACGGUGGCUUGAAGUGUCCUCCCACCAGUGGACCCCCGCCGGCUUGUAGCAUCAUAAAGUCAACCAAGGGUCCAUUUGCCCAAUGCCAUGCUGUUGUGCCACCACAAGAGCACUUUGAGGAGUGCAUGAAGGAGGGAGAGGGUGGAGAUGCCCUGUGCCGCCACUUACAGACCUAUGUGACUUUCUGUCAGGCAUCCGGUGGCCUUGUCAGCAGCUGGAGAUCUGACCAGUUUUGUCCUCUGACGUGUCCAGCUAACAGUCACUAUGAGUUGUGUGCCGACACCUGUUCUUCCACCUGUGACUCUCUCAGUGAGUCUCCCAAAUGCCCACUAUGCCAGGAGGGCUGCCAGUGUGACGACGGCUUUGUGUUUGAUGGUGGCAAGUGUGUCCAACUGGAGAACUGUGGCUGUGUGGUUGAUGGACACUAUUACAAGUCUGGCCAGUCUGUGAUGCUUGGCAACUGUUCUGAGACCUGCAGCUGUGCAGCAGGAGUAUUCACCUGCAAGAACUCACAGUGCAAAGAGGGUCAGAAAUGUGGGUUGAAGAAUGGAGUCAUGGACUGUUACAGCACAGACCCCUGUGAGGACUCUGUGUGCCGUGAGAAAGAGAACUGUGUGGUGAUGAACAAUAAGGCGGUGUGUGUGGCCCAGUUCAAGGCCUACUGCUGGGCGUUCGGUGACCCUCAUUACUCCACAUUCGAUGGCCAGCCCUUCUCCUUCAUGGGCACCUGCUCCUACAUUCUGGUGAAUACGACGGGCAAAGAUCCCUCCCUGCCUCAGUUCAGCAUCCUGACCAAGAACGAGCUGCGCGGCAACUCCGAGGGCUCCUUCGUCAAAUCAGCCAUCAUAGACCUGAGUGGUCACAGGAUCACCAUUCUCAGUGGCCAAAGAGGGACAGUGGAGAUUGAUGGCAUUAGGUCUGACCUCCCUGUGAGUUUGGAGUCUGGCAGCAUCAGAAUCACAGAGUCUGGUAUUCGAGGGACAAUCCAGACAGAUGUUGGCCUGGAGAUCACUUUUGACUGGACCAGCCUCUUCAUGGUGACCAUCACCAGCAGUUACUACAACAACCUCGGUGGCAUCUGUGGCAACUACAAUGGUAACAAAGCAGAUGACUUCACCACUCCCACAGGUGUGCUUUCAGCAAAUACCACGGCGUGGGUGGCAUCCUGGAGUGUUGCCGACGGUGACCCAUUCUGCUGGCACGUCUGUAACAGCAACUGCCCCACGUGCUCAGAUGCAGACCGGGCACUUUACACUGGACCACAGUACUGUGGUUUGAUGACAGACGGCGGGGGCCCAUUUGAACAGUGUCAUAAGAAAGUGCCGGUGAAGGAGUUUGCCUUAGACUGCCUCUAUGAUGUGUGUCUGAAUGAGGGUCGACAGGAGGUGUUGUGUGAGGCCUUGGCUAACUACGUGGCCGAAUGUCAGCAGGCUGGGGCUGUAGUCUCACCACUGUGGAGAAAGGCCUCCAACUGCCCCCUGGCUUGCCCAUACCACAGCCACUAUGAGCUAUGUGGCACUGCCUGCCCUGCUACCUGUGCCGAUCUCAAUGUCCCAGAGAUCUGUUCCAAAGUCUGUGUGGAGGGCUGCCAGUGCGACAAGGGUUACGUGCUCAGCGGUGAACACUGUGUCGUCAAGGAGACAGGGUGUGGCUGUACACACAAUGACCACUACUACCUGCCCGAAGAAACCUUCUGGGAGGGCAACACAUGUCAGAGUAAGUGUGUGUGUGACGGAGCCACACAGAAGGUGGUGUGUAUGCCCAGGAAGUGCAAGGCUAGUGAGCACUGUGCAGUGGUCAAUGGGGUUCAGGACUGCUACCCCCUCAGCUUCAAGACCUGCUCAGCACAGGGGGACCCCCACUUCCGCACCUUUGAUGGGAAGCGCUUCGACUUCCAGGGAAACUGUAUCUACAAGCUGGCGGGCGUCUGCUCCAAAGAUCCUGAUCUGGAGAACUUUGAGGUGACUCUGGAGAACAACAACAGAGGCAGCACCAGAGUCUCCUACGCCAAGGUGGUGACUGUCAUUGUGUUGGGAAGUAGUUACACCUUCACAGGUGAUUAUCACGGCAAAGUCCUGGUGAACAAUGUCCUGACAUCUCUGCCAUACUACUCCAACAACACUGAGGUUCAGAUCUACAGAAACAGACGUUUUGCUGUUCUGGAGACUCAUUUCGGUCUCAAGGUCUCCUUUGACUGGUCCAGCGAGGUGAGGGUGAAGGUCCCGAGCACCUACCACAACGCCAUCUGUGGUCUCUGUGGCAACCUCAAUGACAACCCUGAUGACGACCUGCUUCUGCCCAACGGGAAAAAGCCCAUGAGUCCCAAGGAGUUUGGAAACAGUUACUGGGUAGCUGACGUACCGGGCUGCUCCCACGAGUGCAAAGAUUGUUCCGUUGUAGACAUCCCCCUUAUAAAGCCCAAAUAUGUCAGCGCCUGUGAUGUCAUUGUGGAUAAGAGUGGUCCCCUCAGAGACUGCAUUGGUAGAGUGGAGUCUAAUGAGUACAAAGAAGACUGCAUCUAUGACAUGAUACUCAACAACGGCCUACUGACGGCAGCCUGUGACAUCAUCACCAACUAUGUAGAAGAGUGUCAGGAGAAGGGAGGGAAAAUUGAGGCCUGGAGGAGUAAAGACUUCUGCCACCUCCCCUGUCCAGAGAACAGUGUCUACAGCCUCUCGGCCUCCGGGUGCCCGGCCACAUGCUAUUCCAUGACCUCCGCCCCAGGAUGCACCACUCCUCCAGGGGAGGGCUGUCAAUGCAAACCUGGUUUCCUGCAGAGCGAUGACAAGUGUGUUCAUGUGAAGAACUGUGGCUGUCACCACAAGGGUCGCUACUUUGUGUCCGGCGAGGUCUUCUAUAAGGAGGAGAACUGCCACCACCGCUGCAGCUGUAACUCCGGCGAGAUGGCCUGUGAGGUGGCGCCCUGCGGUCCGAAGACCACGUGUGCGGUGGUGAAGGGGGUCAGGGGCUGUUACAUUAUCAGUAGCCCAGAUUCAAACAACCAGUCAUGGAUUGAAAAACUCCUUAACAAAUAUGUCAAACCUGUACAUGUCAAGUUUGGAGGCUAGAACAUUUACAUUUUAAAAUAAGAUCUCAUGGCUCUAAAAUAUCCUUAAAAAGUGUCCCUUUCAUGUCCUGGUUGUAGGCUAAAGCAUUUCAACAUAAAAUCGAAAAAUUCUCUUAAAAUGACCUUCUGUAUGUGAUAACAUAUUCCGAACCAUAUAAUGUUGUGAGGGAUUAUGAGUAUUCAUGCAUGGAAUUGUUAUUGAACUCUAUAUUCAUUCAAAUUCAAAUAUAAUCCCAGAGUUGUGUAUUACUAAAACUCAGAUCAUCUCUGUACGCAUGUAUCUGUGUCUAUCCUUUACAACUUUCAAAAGCCAAAUAAUAAACAUAUAGCAGCAAAA